AUGAGCAACGCAAAAUUCAUUAAGUGCGUCACCGUCGGCGACGGUGCCGUUGGCAAGACCUGCUUGCUGAUUUCCUACACAAGCAACACUUUCCCUACGGACUAUGUCCCGACUGUUUUCGACAAUUUCAGUGCGAAUAUCGUCGUUGAUGGCAGCAUUGUCAACAUAGGCUUAUGGGAUACUGCUGGUCAGGAGGAUUACAAUAGACUGAGACCAUUGAGCUAUCGUGGUGCUGAUGUCUUUAUUCUUGCAUUUUCUCUCAUCAGCAAGGCUAGUUACGAAAAUAUUGCGAAGAAGGUUUAAUCUUUCGAUUUCUUCCCUUUGUGAUAAUAAUUUUGUGCAGCAUAAGAUGUCUAUAACACAUUAUCCAUGCUGUGAUCAUGUGUUUUCUUGCUUUGGGUUUCAGUGGAUUACUGAAUUAAAUCAUUAUGCACCUGGCGUUCCAAUCGUCCUUGUUGGAACUAAGAUCGAUCUCCGGGAGGAUGAGCAAUUCCUCAAUGACCAUCCUAAUGCAAUACCAAUUACUACAGCCCAGG